AUGUGUGCUCGUUCGGAGUGCACAACAUCGGGGAACGGACUUGUUGGCAUUGCACUCUGCUCCCCCCCUCGCAUCUUCCAGCUGAUAGGCCGACGAGUGUCGCUCCUUCAGAUGAGAGCUUGGAGCAAACAGUUCUGGCAGUCGGAAGACAACAUCAAAGAUGUAGGCGAUGCGAGCAAUGGCGACUGGGAGGUUGGGGAGAUGCAUGUACUGGCUGACAUGCGAGGAGUUGCGGGCGGCAUGAACGCGAUCGAGAAAACUGUCCCAUGCACUCAUGGCAGGCUCUUUGCGAUCGGAGGGAACAAGUUAGCAGCUCGAGCGAUCAAAGAAUGGUCGUUUUCCUCUGUCGGCAAGCCCGACUCGGCUGUAGCUGAGCAGACAGCUCCUACGAGAAUGGACGCCAUCCGGUCCUGGCUGACCGCCAACUGCGCGCGGGUGUGCCCGGGGAAGCUUGUUUGUGACCCGUUUGCGGGAAGUGGGGCAUUGCUUCAGGCUGCAACGGACUUGGGAGCAUCGUUCACCUUGGGUUCGGACGUUCAAUGCACCGGAGCUGUUGAUGUCGUCGCUGACAUCAGCCGAUGCCCGUGGGUGGGGAAAUUCGACGCGAUCGUCUGCGACCCUCCAUAUGGGAGGAGGGCAGGACAGGUCUACUAUGGGGAUGAGGAGGUCGACUUUGGCAUCUUGAGUAGCCUACUGCGAUGGGCUGAAAUGGCCAUGGCGCCUGGAGCUCGACUGGCGAUGUGGUGGUGGGAAAGUUCCACGGGGAGCGCUGAGAAGCUCGUGUCAAGCAUCAUCGACCGGCUCGAGAUCGGUUUGCAGCUGGAGGAGAUGGCGGUGGAUGACCAUGGCAUGGGAAGCAACGAUGAGCAGGAUCAUUGGCAACGGUGCAUCAUCGUCUUGGCAAAGAUCGUGAUUCCACCGGAGCCCGAAAGAGAGGUGGCUUGCAGCGAGUUGGAGGAGCCGAAGUUUGCUCAGCUGUCCAAGCUGAACCAAGUCAAUGCUUUGUCUUCGGCAUGCUGGCAAGGGAAUCUAGCUAAGUUGAAGGAAUCUCAUCGCCAGGGCAUUUCCCUCGAUGAGCCUGACAAGCGGGGGAGACGUCCGCUGCUGUUCGCCGCGGGCUACGGCAAGGUCGACGCCGUAGAGUUUCUCUGCAAUGAAGGGAAAGCACAGAGAUCGGCCGAUCCACACGCCGCGGAUGCCGACGGCAACACAGCAAGCUUCCUUGCGUCCAUGUUUGGCCAUCUCGCUGUCCUGCAGGAGCUGCCAGCGGCAUGCCUGUUCGAAGUACGGGGGGGUUGGACGACAAUGCAUCAUGCAGCGCAGUGGGGGAAGCAAGAAUGCAUGGAGUUAGUCAUCGGACGCCUGAGGGACAAGUUGAAGGCAAGGUUUGCUCCCCUCUCGGCUGGUACUGAGACACAACAGUUGGAUGGGAGAAGUCCGCAAGAAACAAUCUCCUCUGUCAGGGAGUUUGUCUCACAGCAGGAUAUGGCGGAGAGGAGGACGGCUCUUCAUCUAGCAGCCUGCUACGGGCACAUCUCGUGCUGUGAGUACCUGCUCUCACUGCAAGCAGACCCGACUGUAACCAACUGUCAUGGAGAAACACCUUUGGACGUGGCGAGAAUGUUCAAGAGGGCAGAGUGUGUUAAGAUCAUGGAGAAAUACAUCAAAACCUAG